CAUUUCUGUUGGAAUGCAAAGAAGCAUACUGAUAGCAUAUGAGAACAAAGGAAGUCCGAUCAGCUGCACUCCAAACCAGGGGCGGACUGACAACUCAUGGGGCCCCUGGGCAAUAGGGGAUCAUGGGGCCCCUGUGUCCUUGACCAAACUCAAAAAAGCCUACGAAAAAGGUACCAGGGGCAUCUCAUGGGGCCCCCUACUGACCCCGGGCCCUCGGGCAGUGCCCGAGUUUCCAAAUGGUUAGUCCGCCCCUGCU